AUGGCUUCCAAAUCUUUUGUAGUAGUGAUAUGCCAUGGAUCCUGGCAUACACCAGCGCCAUACGAACCUCUAGUUGAGGCCUUGUCGGCGAAGGGUAUCGAAACGUAUUGUCCGCAGCGGCCAACUUGCGAUCUCAGUCAACUCAAUGUCGGCGAUGUCAACAACCCUGAUUUCAAUCGCAAAGCACCACCAGGGGGAUAUCCACUCCCUGCAGAUGAUGCAGCAGAGAUCGGACUGUUGCUUGAUAAGUUGAUUGCACAGGGGAAAUCAGUCCUCCUUGCAGGACACUCUUCCGGCGGCUGGGUCGCCGCCGAGGCUGCGCAACAUGCCCGACAAGCGCCGGUGCGGGCACGCAACGGGGAGAUUGGUGGUGUCAUCGGGAUCUUUUUUAUCGGGGCUUUCAUCAUCCCCCAGGGCCAAUCUGUCCACACGUUCUUUCAGCCUCCAGAUGGGAAGGUUGUGACGCCGCCGUUUAUGCGUUUUUACAAACAUGGGGUAGAUGGCCUCGGCACCAUGGUAGACCCCGAGAAAUAUAUUUUCAACGACCUUGACGAGACGACUGCGGAAAAGUGGGCAUCUACAUUGACUGCAGCUCCAGUUAUGAAGAGUCCACUCACUCACAACCCUUAUGAUGUCCUCCCGUGCGCCUAUCUGGUGCUUGAGAAGGAUUGCACACUGCCUAAGGAGUAUCAGGAAGGAAUGGCAGCGAGUCAAAGCAAGCCAUUCACAAUCUACCAUGCCCCCUGUGGCCACUCGCCGCACCUCAGUUGGACAAAUGACCUUGUGGAGAAGAUUGAGGAGUUCGGGAGUUAUGCUCUGGCUGAAAGUAACAUUCCUGCACAUUAG